CGAAGACGAGCGAGUGGAGAAAACCGCAGCUCCGGGCGGAGCGGGUGAAAAGAGCAAACAUCCCCCUCAGCUGUAUACUGUGGGUGUCACCGCUGGAAGUUACGAUCUGCUGAGGAGAAACUUGCAAACGAGGAAGAGGCAGCUAGAUUCCCUAGGAUCAAGACACUAAGAGCUAAUUUUACUCUCCCAGCCGACGGGUUUUAUUUUUUCAAAUUCUCUCCUUUUUUUUUUUGUAGCUGCGAGGAGAAGAGAUUAAAAAUGUCUUUGAUGGACUUAGAGAAGCUGAAGAUGACGUGCGCUGGUCGGGCCAUGGCAGUGCUGACCAGCGGUGGAGAUGCACAAGGGAUGAAUGCUGCCAUCCGAGCUGUGACCAGGAUGGGCAUUUAUGUGGGGGCCAAGGUCUAUCUCAUUCAUGAGGGUUACCAGGGCUUGGUGGAUGGGGGAGACAACAUCAAACUGGCCCACUGGCACAGUGUGACCGACAUUAUUCAGCUGGGUGGGACCGUGAUAGGCAGUGCCCGCUGCAAGGCCUUCAUGACGCGUGAGGGCAGAGUUUCCGCUGCCUUCAACCUGGUAAAGAAAGGCAUCACCAACCUGUGCGUGUGUGGCGGCGACGGCAGCCUUACCGGAGCCAACAUCUUCCGCAAUGAGUGGAGCGAUCUACUCGAUGAACUCGUAAAGAAAGGAAGGAUCACAGACACUAUGGCUAAGCAGCAUUAUAACUUGAACAUCGUGGGCCUCGUCGGCUCCAUAGACAACGACUUCUGCGGCACCGACAUGACCAUCGGUGCCGACUCUGCGCUGCACCGCAUCAUGGAGAUAAUUGACGCCAUAAUGACCACUGCACAGAGCCACCAGCGUGCAUUUGUUUUGGAAGUGAUGGGACGGCACUGCGGGUAUUUGGCUUUAGUGUCAGCUCUGGCAUCAGGGGCAGACUGGGUUUUUAUUCCAGAGGCUCCACCUCAGGAGGGCUGGGAGGACAAUAUGUGUGCCCGUCUAAAGGGGAGCCGCACAAGCGGGGGGUCGAGACUGAACAUCAUAAUCGUCGCAGAAGGAGCCAUUGACAUAAAUGGCAAGCCCAUCUCCUCAAAUUAUAUAAAAGAUCUGGUGCAGGAGAGACUGGGUUAUGACACCAGAGUGACAGUACUUGGCCACGUUCAGCGAGGAGGAAUUCCCUCAGCGUUUGACAGAAUGCUGAGCAGCAUAUUGGGUGUGGAAGCGGUCGUCGCCCUCUUGGAGGCUUCUCCUGAAACCCCCGCCUGUGUCAUCGGCCUGUCGGGCAACCAAGCGGUCCGCCUCCCUCUGGUGGAGUGUGUGGAGAUGACUAAGUUGGUGCAGACGGCCAUGAAUGAGAAGAGGUUUGAUGAAGCCAUUAAACUGCGUGGAGGGAGUUUUGAGAGCAACUGGAACAUCUACAAGAGUCUCGCUUUCCACAAGCCUCCUCAGUCUAAGAGCAACUUCUCUUUUGCUAUUCUGAACGUGGGAGCUCCGGCGGCAGGAAUGAAUUCUGCAGUGAGGUCGGCGGUGAGGUCAGGGCUCUCUCAUGGACACAAAGUCUACGGGGUCAAUGACGGCUUUCUGGGACUUGCCGAUGGAGCGGUGUUUGAGAUGGAAUGGCACAGUGUGGCUGGAUGGACGGGCCAAGGAAGCUCACUGCUGGGGACAAAACGGACUCUUCCCAACUCUCACCUGGAGAAGAUUGUGGAAACCAUCACCAAGUUCGAAAUCUCAGCUCUGCUUGUAAUAGGAGGGUUUGAGGGGUACCAAGGUGUGCUUGAGCUCUACGAGGCCCGGACUCACUACGAUGAGCUCUGCAUCCCCAUGGUCGUUAUCCCUGCUACCAUUAGCAACAACGUCCCGGGAACUUUCUUCAGUGUGGGUACAGACACUGCCGUCAAUUGUGCAAUGGAGAGUUGUGACAAGAUCAAGCAGUCUGCCAGUGGGACCAAGAGACGAGUGUUUGUGGUGGAGACCAUGGGUGGGUACUGUGGAUAUCUGGCAUCCGCUACUGGCAUAGCAGUGGGUGCUGAUGCAGCCUACAUUUUUGAAGAUCCCUUUAACAUCCUUGACCUUAAGACAAAUGUGGAGCACUUAUCUGAAAAGAUGAAGAAAGAUGUCCAACGAGGUCUAAUCCUGAGGAAUGAAAAAUGCCAUGAAAACUACACUACAGAUUUCAUCCAUAAGCUGUAUUCAUCAGAAGGGAAGGACAUCUUUGACUGCAGAGUCAACGUGUUAGGACACCUCCAGCAGGGCGGGGCACCUUCUCCCUUUGAUAGAAAUUUUGGCACGAAGCUGGGCGUGAAAGCUAUCGAGUGGCUUUCAGAGAAACUGACUGAAAACUACCGACAAGGCCGAGUGUUUGCCAACUCACCAGAAACAGCAUGUGUCAUCGGCCUUAACAGGAAGGUUGUCUCAUUCACCCCUGUCACUGAACUGAAGGAAAUAACAGAUUUUGAGCACCGGAUGCCCAAGGUAGAGUGGUGGUUAAAACUGCGGCCCAUGCUAAAGAUGUUGGCCAAGUACCAAACCAGCUUCAACGAAUAUGUCCCAGGAGAGAUUGAACAUGUGACUCAACGCUCCAUCAGCAUUGACAGUGGAUUCUAAGCUCUCUGUAAAAUGGCAGCAUGCUUUGCACCUUUUAGCUUUCAUCC